CUUUUUUCUUUUUCUUCUUUCUUUUUGAAACGUCUCUCAUAUCUUUUCUCUCGAAAAAAAUUUGAUUUUUCUCUUUCUCUUCUUUUUUUGUAUUAAUCAAUUUUUAUUUUAUUUCUUCAAGCUUUUUUCUUCAACCAUGUGUGGAAUUUUCACCGUCUACAACUACUACGGCGAUGUCGGAGAGUUCCGUCAACGCGCCCUUGAUCUGUCCAAGCGCAUCCGUCACCGUGGUCCGGAUUGGUCUGGGUGCAUUGUCGCCGACAACAGCAUCAUGUGCCACGAGCGUCUGGCCAUCGUUGGUAUUGAUUCUGGAGCUCAGCCCCUGACUAACGACGAUGAGUCUCUCAUUCUGACCGUCAACGGCGAGAUCUACAACCACAAGAAGCUCGAGACUGAGCUUAAGAACCCGACAAAGUUCAAGACUCACUCUGACUGCGAGGUUAUCAUGCACAUGUACAACGAGAUCGGUACCGAUGUCUGCGGAAAGCUCGACGGCAUGUUCUCGUGGGCUCUGCUCGACCGGCGCUCGGACAAGUCGCGCCUUGUUGCCGCUCGCGACCCCAUCGGCAUCACCACCCUGUAUGUUGGUCGGAUCAGCGCACACCCCGGAACCGUUUUCAUUGCGUCCGAGCUCAAGUCACUCAACGAGGAGUGCGACCAGAUCGAUGAGUUCCCUCCGGGUCACUACUUUGACUCGAACGACGGUCAGUUCCACCGCUACUUCAACCCUGAUUGGUGGAACCCCCAGCGCAUUGCGACCAACCCUGUCAACUACCGCCAACUGCGCGAGUCGCUGACUGCCGCCGUGCGCAAGCGCCUUAUGACUGAGGUGCCCUACGGCGUUCUGCUGUCCGGUGGGCUUGACUCCAGCCUGAUCUCCAGCAUUGCCGUGCGCGAGUCCCACCGCAUCUCCGCCCAGGCCCAGUCUGAUGCCGAGGACAUCGAUACGCGUGGUGCCAGGUACUACCCCCGCAUGCACUCGUUCUCGGUGGGUCUCCCGGGUGCGCCCGAUCUGAUUGCCGCGCGCAAGGUGGCCAAAUUCCUCAAGACCGCUCACCACGAGUUCACGUACACCAUUCAGGAGGGUCUGGACGCUGUCGCCGAUGUCAUUUACCAUCUGGAGACCUACGACGUCACCACCAUUCGUGCCUCGACCCCCAUGUACCUGAUGUCGCGCAAGAUCAAGUCUACCGGCGUCAAGAUGGUUCUGUCCGGCGAGGGUGCCGAUGAGGUUUUCGGCGGAUACCUGUACUUCCACUACGCGCCCAACGCCGACGACUUCCACUCGGAAACUGUCAGCCGCGUGCACAACCUGCACACCAGCGAUUGCCUGCGUGCCAACAAGUCGACCAUGGCAUGGGGUCUCGAGGCGCGUGUUCCUUUCCUUGAUAAGGAGUUCCUGGAGGUGGCCAUGAAUGUGCGUGCCGAGGACAAGCUGUGCUCCAAGGAUAUCAUGGAGAAGGCGAUUAUUCGCCGGGCCUUCGAUGUUGAUUUUGCCGAUGCCGGUUUUACCGAGGAGGAGCUCGCUCAGGGACCCUAUCUGCCGCGCGAUGUGCUGUGGCGCCAGAAGGAGCAGUUCAGUGAUGGUGUCGGGUAUGCAUGGAUUGAUUCCUUGAAGGAUUGGGCAGAGAGCAGAGUUUCGGAUGAGGCUCUGGCGAGUGCCAAGGAAAGGUUCCCUUAUGAUACCCCGCAGACCAAGGAGGCUUACCAUUAUCGCGAAUUAUUUGAGCAGAAGUUCCCCCAGAAGGCUUGCUUGACCUCUGUUGUUAGAUGGGUUCCCCGCACUGACUGGGGAUGCAGCGCUGAUCCCAGUGGUCGUGCUCAGAAGAUCCACGAUAAGGCAUACUAAUAAUAUAUAAUUUUGUUUUGGUUUAUUUUUACAUUAAAAAUAUUUAUUAUACAUGAUUCUCAUGAAUAAAUAUCACCACUUUUUAGCACAGUAACUUAGUGCGAACCUUAUUAUAAAAACAAUAAAA